UUCUCUCGCCUUGCUCUCCUCGGGAACCAGGUGCACCUCCAGACCCAAGACAUGUCCUGCUACAACCAGUGCCUGCCCUGCCAGCCCUGUGGCCCGACCCCGCUGGCCAACAGCUGCAAUGAGCCCUGUGUCAGGCAGUGCCAGGACUCCACCGUCGUCAUCGAGCCCCCUGCUGUGGUGGUGACCCUGCCCGGCCCCAUCCUCAGCUCCUUCCCACAGAACACCGCCGUGGGCUCCUCCACCUCCGCUGCCGUUGGCAGCAUCCUCAGCUCUGAGGGAGUGCCCAUCUCCUCCGGGGGCUUUGGCCUCUCCGGCUUUGGCAGCCGCUACUGCGGCAGGAGGUGCCUCCCCUGCUAA